AUGAGUUAGAAAAAAAAGUAGGAUUAAAUUACAGAAGUUCCAAAAUUAGGUUAAAAUAAAAUGUCUGAAAAUUCAGAAAAUUCAGAUAAAUAGUAGAGAAUUCAUAGUAAACCAUCUGAUGAGGGAGGAUUUGAUGGUGAAAUAAAUAAUCCUAGAUAGUAAGAAAUAAAUAAUAGAAUGAUUUAAUUUCAAAAAUACAUGAGUCAAAGAGACUAUCCUAAUGCAGAAAAUGAGAUAACAGAAUUAAUAAAAUUAAACAAUACUGAUGCAACCUUUUAUUAUUUAAGAGCUGAAGUGUAUAUGAAAUAAAAUAAGUAUAUAUAGUCUCUCUAAGACAUGAAUUUAUCAGUUAAGUAUGAGCCUCUUAAAUAGUGUGCAAAAUCAUCGCAAUAUCAUUAUGAAAUAAAAAAGACUCUAAUGUAAAUGUCUAAUGAUGUAUGA